AUGGUUGCUUUUCAAAAUGUAUUGGCCUUUAUCGGAGGCGCAACAAUUCCAAUUUGUGCAAUCAUUUUUCGCAAAUUCAAUCCUCCACAUACAGCUUACCAAGAAUGCCUUGAUCAUCUUAAGGAUUUAGAUCAGCGAGCGAAGGAAACAUGGCAACGUUCUGAGAUUCCAGAAGGGACCUGGAUAAAAUCAAAAACUCGUCUUACGCACAGCGCUUUGUGCAAUAUGCAUCACGGACUCGAAAGUAUGCCAUGGGAAGUCGAAAGUCACAACUGGCAUAUUAUGAUGGAUUCGGAGGCGAGCGUUAUUGUGCGAGAUUAUUAUGCUGGGAAUCCGCAAGAAAAACAUGGGUCGUCGAAAUGA